ACAGUGCCAGAUAAAAAGGGAUGGCGGACAAGGCUUUUCCCUUUUGAAAUCAUCUGGUCUGGUCGCGUCACUCGUUGAGGAUUUCACACCUUUUUGUUGAGGGGGUUUGCGUGCGCGUUUGGCGGUGCUUGCGAGAUAUCUGUUUUUUUUUACACAUUCCGAUAGCAAAAACCUUUUUUGACGGAAAGUAUAUCGGGAGGGUAAGAGUAUAUUCCGCAACAAACAUGCACCACAAAGAAUACACCCGGCAUUCCACAACCUCCCACCACACAACACCAUCCAAUACAUCCCUCUCAUACUCGCAUUCCCAUCCCCUCCUAUCACUCCAAAUUGACCCAACAUACAUCUCGGACGCCUCAAUGCCAUCCACGAUCCUCCCAGAAGAUAUCAUGGUGGGCGUGGAUGCUCCCCCGGAGGGUACAUACGCGCCAUUCUUCUCCCCCGAAAAAAGUGAACCCACUAGAUCAUUCCGACAGAGUGUAACGAGUGUCGCGAGUUGUCCCAGUACGAUGCACUGGAGUGAUACGAGUGACUGUGAGGAGGAUUUGGAGGUGUUGAUGAGGAGGGUUGAGGAAGCUUUAGGAGGCCAAGAAGAUGCUGAGGCGAGUUUGUUGUUGAAGGUUCAACAGGUGUUGAGUUUUAGUGAUGAGAGUCGACGUGAUGGAUUGGGGGAUGAGGGUUUGGAUAUACCCAAUAUGGAUCUUUUACCGAAUGAUACGUACCUAUCACCGGCAUCCAAUACCGUUCAUUCUGAGAGUCAAUCCAACGUGAAGACGACUCGCUCAGCACUCGACAGCCAGCACCACAACCGUUGAAGAAUACCAAUCCCCCCUCAGUCCAAACCGCCCCAACAACACAUAUCAAGUCCCAAAAAUCGAAUACGAAUCCUUUAUGGCUGACGACGAUACCAUUGUCGAGAGAGCACUUGCACCCCUCUUUGCUAAAUACGCCCCCUCUCUCAUCCCACUACGCUCAGAAGACACCACAAGCGUAUCCACGACAUCCACCUAUGGGGAUCUAUCGAUGGCGAGUUUGGAGUAUUUGAGACGGUAUGGGUUAGGAGAACAGAGUCGGGUGUUGGAUGUUGAGAGGAUUCGGAGGUUACCGAAAUUGGGUAUGCCGGGUAUGUGAAUGGGGUGUUUGGUGGUUUUGUAUUGUAUAUUCUUUUCUUUUUUUUAUUGAAAGUGUAAUUUGUGAUGGGUUCUGGUGGAUGGGUUAGAUUUGUAAGGACAUUGUUAUCGUACAUACAUCAAUAGAUGGUAUGUAUUUCUUCAAGAAA